AUGCACCUGGUGCAGCGGGACAUGCUGGGGAGCCGCCCACCUUCUGGGGCCUCCUCCUGCUUCAGGGCCUUGCCCUCCUGGGGUCGCCUUGGGGAGGAGUCCGGACACCUGCACACCCUGCUCCUGUUCAGCAACAUCCCUGAGAUCCCGAAUCUGCACCGUGGGCUGUGGGGCAGCGUGAUGGCGCAGAUGGUGGAGAAAGUGCUGCGCACGUGGGCACUGCUGCAGCAGGACCUCCUCAAAGGCUUUGAGAUAUUCAGCUCCCUCUUCAAGCCCUACAUCCGGUACUGCAUGGAGGAGGAGGGCUGCAUGGAGUACAUGCCCAGCCUGCUGCACGACAACGACCUCUUCUGGGCCUACGUGACGUGGGCCGAGAAGCACCAGCAGUGCCAGCGGCUGAAGCUGAGCAACAUGCUCGCCAAGCCCCACCAGCGGCUCACCAAGUACCUGCUGCUGCUCAAGUCGGUGCUGAGGAAGAUGGACGAGCUGCAUGCCAAGGAGGCCAUCAUCACCAUGAUCAGCUCCGUGGAGCGCUUCAUCCACCACGUGAACGUGUGCAUGCGGCAGCAGCUGGCAGCCGUGGUGAGCCGCAUGGACACCUACGAGGUGGUGGAGGGUGGCAACGACGAGGUGGACAAGCUCCUGAAAGAAUUUCUGCACCUGAACCUGACCGCGCCCAUCCCUGGUGCCUCCCCGGAGGAGACGUGUCAGCUGCUGUUGGAGGGCAGCCAGAGGAUGAAGAAGGGAAAGCACAGAAAGAUGGAUGUGUACUGCUUCCUCUUCAUAGACCUACUCUUAGUGACCAAGGCAAUGAAAAAGGCUGAGAGGACCAAGGUCAUCAGGCCACCACUGCUGGUGGACAAGAUCGUGUGCCGGGAGCUGCGGGACCCUGGCUCUUUCCUCCUCACCUACCUGAACGAGUUCCACAGCGCCAUGGGGGCCUACACAUUCCAGGCCAGCGGGCAGGCUCUGUGCCGGGGCUGGGCGGACUCCAUUUACAAUGUCCAGAACCAGCUGCAGCAGCUGCAUGUGCAGGAGCACGCGGGCAGCCAGCAGCACCUGCAGAGCCUGAAGGAGGAAGAGGAAGAGGAGGGUGGGGAGAGUAGCACUUCCGCUGCCAGCCCCCCCACCAUCCUGCACAAAAGCAGCAACAGCCUGGACUCUCAGCACUGCACCUCCAACGGCUCCUUGGAGACCCUGGCCAUGGUGGUGCUGGAGCCCGAGACGCUCUCCUCUACUGAGUUCGAGGGCGGCCCCUUCAGCUCCCAGUCGGGCGAGAUGUUCCUCAGUACCACCGCCUCAUCUGUCACACCGACCAGUGAACUGCUGGCCCUGGGCCCCAGGGAGAGCAGCUCCUGCUCCAGGGACUCCACCUACAGCACCCUCUUCCCUACCUCCUUGCAAGACUUUGCGACCCCAGCCCCUGUGGUGGAGCCAGCACCCCGCCUAGAUUUACCACAGGCCCCUUCACCCCCGCCCUCACCCUGCCUCCGCUGCCGCACCCCUGUCCAGCUGCUCCACAGCCUGCCCCACCUGCUCAAGUCCAAAUCUGAGGCCAGCCUCCUGCAGCUGCUGGCAGGGGCCGCCACCCAGGGGUCGCCCCCAGCCCCCAGCCACAGCCUGUCCAAUCUCUGCCCAGCACAGGAAGCUGACCCAGCUGGCCCAGCUCUACUGCAUCAGGACCACACUGCUGCUUAA